AUGUCUAUCUCCAAGAUUACUGGUCUCCUGCUUAGCUCGGCCGCCAUGGUCGCUGGCCACGGUUACGUGUCGGGUGCUGUUGUUGAUGGUACUUACCACGGCGGCUUCCUCGUGAACAGCUACAACUACAUGUCGGAGGUGCCCGCCAACAUCGGAUGGGCUGAGAAGGCUACCGACCUCGGCUUCGUCGACGGCAGCAGCUACGCUAGCUCUGACAUUAUUUGCCACAAGGAGGCCACCCCUGGUGCGAUCUCCGCCGAGGUUAAGGCCGGUGGUAAGGUUGAGCUGCAGUGGACCGAGUGGCCCGAGAGCCACCACGGCCCGGUCAUCACUUACAUGGCCAACUGCAAUGGCGACUGCUCCAAGGUCGACAAGACCACCCUCAAGUUCUUCAAGAUCGCCGAGGCUGGUCUGAUCGACGACAGCAACGUCCCCGGCAAGUGGGCAUCCGACGAGCUCAUUGCCAACAACAACAGCGCUACUGUCACCAUCCCCAGCGCCAUCGCCGCUGGAAACUACGUUCUCCGUCACGAGAUCAUCGCCCUGCACUCUGCCGGCGAGGAGAACGGUGCCCAGAACUACCCCCAGUGUAUCAACCUGAAGGUCACCGGCGGCGGCAGCGACGCUCCUGACGGCGUCCUCGGCACAGCCCUCUACAAGGCCACCGACCCCGGCAUCAAGAUCAGCAUCUACACCUCGCUGGACUCCUACGACAUCCCCGGUCCCGCUCUGUACACCGGCGCCGCCUCCGGCUCUUCAUCCGGCUCCGCCACCACCACCGCUGCCGCCACCACUGCUCCUGCUACCACUGCCGCGCCUACUGCUGCCUCAACCGUGAGUGCUUCUCCUAUCCAGAGCUCUUCGCGCCACCUCACCCGCACCCGCACCUUCACCCCCAGUGGCACCCCCACCCCUUCGUCUGCUCCCACGUCUGCUGCCUCAACCUACACUGCUAGUGAGCCUGGUUCCGAGCCCACCGAGGCUCCUUCCACCGUCACUGAGACUGCCACUUCCACUGCUUCUUCUGCUCCUCAGUAUACUGACGAGCCUGAUACACAGACUGCCAGCUCCCCCGCCGACAGCGUCUCCAUCACUUCCACCGCUAGCGGUCAGUCUGCCCAGAGCACCACCCCCGCCUCCGGUGGUGAUGGCUCCGAGUCUAGCGCCAGUGCCAGCGCCACUGCUACUGCUGCCCCCACCGCUGCCGCCAGCUCCAGCUCCAGCUCCAGCUCCGGCUCCAGCUCCAGCUCCAGCGAUUACUCCUCUUACCUCAGCUCCCUGAGCGCCGAGAAGCUCCUCGAGGUUAUCCGCUCCACCCUGAAGUGGCUUGUCUCUGACAGCAAGGUGCACGCCCGUGCCCUGUCUCACUGA